UUCGGGCUCGGCACAGCGCAUAUAUCACGUCCGAUGGUCCCAUGCACAUCGAAAUCAAACGGACAAGCUAUAUUCAACCGAUCCUCUCGUUCGGAACCUACAGAUAUCAAGGAUCAAAAAGAAUCUCCACCUCCAAAUUUCGAUUUGUCCUCACAAAGUCCAGAUGAGAUUUACAGCGAUGAUUAUGUCCCGAAUCUAGACGAGCAGGACGUCGGUAGUGAACGGGACGGUAUCGACUAUAAGAGGAGGUGCUCAACGCCACCGUUGAUGACGUCGACACCGUAUACGACACUGGAGAGAAAAGACAGAGACCAAAUGGAUAUGCUUAGUGACGGCCGAGAAUUGAGGCAAUCACACUCGGUCCCGACUAUCCUGAACACCAAACCCACUGCCGACAGAUCUUCGCUGUCCAACAUGCAGGAGAGGAAGUUACUGGAUGACCGCAACGAUUCCGAAGGCUCACUACCUAGGAAGAGGUCAUCAGCAACUCCGAUUCACGUCGUCAAUCAAGAGCGUAAAAGCAGUUUGGAUUUCCAUGAUUCAGGAAAGAAAAAUCGUAAAGCCACUGUGAACGAUAUCGAUUGGUACGCUGCGUUCAAUAUGAAGGAACCGUCAACACCCAGAUCACCCACUAGCGUCUCUAGUGUAGAUGUAAUGAAAGGAGCUGAGGAUGUUGGCGAACACUCACAUCGCCUGAGCCGUGACGCUACUAUCAACGUCAGAAAAACCACUGCAGCCAAGCCAGAUAGAUUUGGAGUUUUCUGUGUAAACGAAGCCAAUGGUGGUGACACUACCAAAGAAUGCAACUGCAAGGCUUGCCUUCUCACGAAGAUGAGUGACGAAGAGAGGGCGAAGUUUACGAGGCAGCUACCAGAACGGUCACAGGUCCCUUCCUCCAGCGAUGACACUCAGCAACGCUCUCAUUCUGCAAAUAUCACACAGCCUGUGGAUAUCUCUCUUGACGACGUGUUCAGUGGAAUUGACUCGAGCGCUGAUGGAACCGAGAAGAAUGGCACCCAGCAAACAAGGAUUCAAUCAUGGACAAGGAUUAGCCGGUCCGAGGAACCGACACGCCAGGAGGCCGACUGGGUAGAAAAGUUGGUUCAAGAGGAAGGCACUCAUGAAGGCCCGUCUUCCGCGUCAGCAGGAGAUGCACCACGACAUUCAGAUUCUACUGUGAGGGCUUCAUAUUCCGAGGAGGCUCAUGCGGGAGGAAGGUGUUCUGUUGACAAAAGUAGUCAUACUCAAGAAGAAGAGCGAGAUAGAUGCAGUCGGGCUGCGAGCCCUGAUGAGAAGCUUCAAUUCGUCAGCAAAGAAUCCAGUGGAGACCAAGAGGGCAACGGAAACACCUCAGUAGAAAACUCAGAAGAAUGGUUACGGUCACUAGUAGGGGAACCAGCAAAGGAGACAGUGACCGAAGCACAGGAACCCCAACCAGUCAUGGUGGCGCCUUCGUCUCAGAAAGGCUCAAAGGAUGAUCUCAAAACUGAGGCAAUUGAAGACAACGAAGCCAAGAAAGGUCGGGACUCUACUGCAGGUGCUCAGGUCCCUCUGAGCCGCAAAUCUUUGACGAAAGUCCAGAAAGGAUACACUAUCCUCCUCAUAGACUAUCCCUAGUUGGCGAGGUUCAUAGAAAACCGAGUGUGCUUGAGGAGACGUCGUAUAACAUUGACCAUCUGUCACCGAAGGACUAUGUCUCCAAAGCGUACACCCAACGCCUGUCACAGCUGAAGUCGCAGCUUGGUCUGGAGGAAGAACAGGAAAAGAAGGUUGUCGACGAUGCUGCGGCUGCCUCCGAACAGCAACCGGCAGCAUCUUCACAAGAACGUGAGCAGUUUGUGACGCCGGUGUUCUACACCGACGAACCUGUCCAUGCCACUAGUGGGGACGCUGCCGAGGAGAAAGUGAUGAGUGAUGAGGCUCUCAUCGAUGCCAUGUUCAGCGAAGUACUCGAUGGUGAAGCUAGUGAAAGGACAAGCCUCGGAGCGGACUCCAUAUCACGAAAGAUCAACCCUCAGGAGAUGACGAACACAACCGAGAACACGAAACAUACACUUGAGAAAUCGAAAAGUUUCGAUGACUGGUAUGGUAAACCGGCACCGGUUGAAGAAGAGGAUGUGAAGGAGUACGUUUCCGAUUUGCUCAGUCAAUCGUUGAGUGAAGCGAUCUUUUCGGCAUCACAGAGCUUGAAGAGAAAGACGAGCAGGGGCAAGAGGGGUAUUCUGCUCACUGAUACAUCUUUCGAUAAGAAGUUGCUUGAAAAAUACAGGUCGGAGACGCUGGAUGAGGGGGAUGACCAGGAUUCAGAUGAGAAUCAUCGCCAAGAAAGCAGCGACAAGAAACAAGCUGCAGGAGAGAAUCGAGAAAAUGGCAACGAGGACCCGAUUUUAAAAGCAGUGUUCACUUCCAGUAUAGAUAAUCAACAAUUCAUGGAAUCGGUAAUCUCCUGCCCCUCUUCGAUGGUACCAUCCCCUCGAUACACCUCGUCUGCUCUGACUACACCGGGAACUGCGAAGACUAAAGAUGGCUCUGACGUCUUCUUCCCUUCCAAUCCUGUACCUGGCCGUGCGACGGCUGAGGCUGAUACGACUUUUGUAUCGAGUGCUAGUCUGAUGAUGAAUGAUACACAUUCGUCUUCUGAAGGCGAUUACGAUGAUGAUCACAUCAUUAAGUUAGUAUUUUCUGAUUUACCCAUCAAAGGGAAGCGGUCAGUAACGCCGACAGCAGAACCUGUCAGGAUACGACAAUCAAAUAUGGAGACCAUGGAUGAGACCGUGGAGGAGUCAUGCCAGACGCCGAACAGUUCCGUGGAUUCUGAAUGCUUCAACGUCGAUGACAGAUCCACGCCCACAAUGGAUCAUAAUCAUAGGAAAACUGAUGAUGAAAUGUUAGAAGUCGAAGUAUUUGCUGAUCAUUUCCAUAUCAAAGGCAACUAUUCCCUAAUGAUCAGCAAGGACGAUCCACUUGGUGCACUGUUGAACGACUUACAUUCAAAAAGAACUAGCUCAUUAGAUUUCUCCAUAAAUCCACGGUUACGAAGGCUUUUGUUCCAAUGUCUUCAAGAAAAAUCUCGCUAUUUGUCCAAAGGGUCCAAUUUGAUUUCUUUGCGUGCGCGACAUCUGCUCACUGAUGAAGAUCCUUCACAUGAAGUAGAACAGUUAGUUAGUCGGAAUCGAUUCGAUGCGGAUACAAAUCCUCGGGGUAACAUCAAUUUCUGUACAGCAGCAAACAAUCUCUGUGCUAAUGAAAUGAUGGCUCAACUUCGAAAGAAAGGUUUUUCGCCAACCGAAGCACACUUAGUAUAUUAUCCACCUGCAGGAGGGCACUCAAGCACGAAGACGGUAAUGUGCAGAUACAUGGCCGAAUUUAUGUCAGCAACAGUUGGUGAAGAUGAGGUGGUUAUCCUACCUUCGAGUAUAUCCGCCUACGAUCUGAUCUGUCAUUGCACUUGUGAAGCCGGUGAUAUUGUUCUGACAAGCACUCCUACUUACGCUGCUUCGGUCAGGAACUGCUCCUCAAGAGCUGAGUGUCACAUACGGCCAGUUGAGAUGGAUAUGGAUUCGCCCAGGUUAGAUGUUCCCAGCUAUCAGAAAGCGUUGGACAUGUAUCGUUCCAAGGGAGAAAACGUCCGAGCUGUAGUCAUCAUUAAUCCACACAAUCCACUCGGAGUUGUAUUUCCAGCUGACGAUGUGAUACGGUUGUGCGACUGGGCUACAAAGAACGAUCUUGUGGUCUUGAUGGAUGAGUCAUUCGCUUCAUGCGUUUUUGGUCCAUCCGCUUUCAAGAGCUUCCUCAGUUAUCGGCAUCGGCUGAUGAAGCCCAAAAAUGUUUUCUAUUUAUGGAGUUUAAGCAAGGAUUUCGGUGUUCCGGGUUUGAAAAUAUCCUUGGUGCAGUCUUCGUCUAAAGAACUUUUGGAAUCGUUAUCACGACUUGAACUCAUUCAUUCCGUUUCUGCACUUGCUCACGAUGCUGCAACAGCUCUUCUUUCUGACUUCGAAUGGCUUCGAAGUUUUCAUGCUCUAAAGCUGGCCAGACUGUCAGCUCAUUACGAGUUUCUUGCUAACAAUCUUCGUGAGAUUGGUUUGAGAUUCACACCGGCAGUUGCCGGUUGCUUUGUGAUGAUCGACUUCAGAAAGCAUCUUCGCUCGCAAACGUUUGAGGCAGAAAUGUCUUUGUGGCAACGGUUUUGUGAUCGUGGAGUGAUGCUUACACCUGGACAACAUGUACUCUGUCCUCAGCCGGGAUGGAUGCGAUUGGUGUUCAGUUGUAGCAAAUACGAACUCACCGAAGGAAUAAAUCGAUUGCGAGCAUUUUUUAAUCUUCCACCCAUUUGGAAUCAGGAAUCACUCUCAUUCUACAGGAGUGUUCAUUUUGAGAUGACAUUCAUAUUGUCUUAUAUUGUUUAUACAUGA